UCAGCCACAAAUCCAGAUGCAAAGCUCUUCAUUGCCAGACACCUCAGGCAUUGCUUGACUGGGGGGCUCUCCGAGGCAGUAUGAGGGCCCAAGGCCUUCUUCUCUUGGCAGCCCUGUUGGCCCUGGGCAGCCAGCCGCCUAGUACAGGAGCCUGGAGGAAGCAUGAGAAAUCAGGGGGCUGCCCACCAGAUGAUGAGCCAUGCCCUCAAGCCAUCCCAGACCAGUGCAAGGGGGACUACCACUGCCCAAUGGGGGAAAAGUGCUGCUUUCGGUCCUGCUUCCGCCAGUGCCUGCCCAAAGUCAAGGUAAAGCAGGGCCAGUGCCCCACAGAUCCGAUGCACUGCCUCAGCCCUAUCCAGCACCUGUGCAACGUGGACCAGGACUGUUCUGGCAAGAAGCGGUGCUGUCUGGCAGCCUGUGGCCGAGACUGCAGGGACCCUGCCAAAGGCUAACUCCUGCUCCUUCUCAGAACCUCAGGAUGGAAUUCCAGGCAGGACCAGAGGCAGGGUAUGCUCAGCUCCUCCCCCCAGCACUGCCUGGAUGUAACAACAGAUGCAUUGGUCACUGUCCCCCACGACCUCUCUGCACUCCAUUUUUCUUGAGAGUAGAGGGGAGCUUCUCCUUUUCAUUAUUAUUUUCUGAGAUGGGGCUACCAUUCUCUAAUCCUUUAAGUAGUCCCCUGAUGAGUAGUGGAAGAAAGGAAAGGACCUGAAAUUGGUGAUGGAAAUUGUCUUCCCAACCCCAUCUCAUCCCCCAUGAACUUUCUGAAAUUUGGGGCAAGGCCCCUAAGCUCAAUGAGAAUUAGUUUUCUCUUACAGAAGCUGGAGAAAUGUCUUUCCUCUGUCCCACUGCUACAGUCCUAGGUGGGAUGGGAAGAUCUGAGGGCUUUUAACCAGCCUAUAUUGUGGACUCAAUAAAUUCUGGCAUUGUUUGUA